GGGCACUGGCUUCGUAUGUGUAGGUGGCACCUGCGCUUACCAUCCUGGUUCCUGAGUAGCACGACCUUGCGUUCUGUACCUGGACUGGAACCGUUUCUGGCCCUAUAUUAAGCCCUAAGGAUUCCCCCGCGCGUGUAAUUGCUAAUCUUGAUGGAAGACGGUAUACAGCACGGCUGAACCCUAGAGACCAGAACUGUUGGAGGAUCGGACUUAAUAACUAUUCUCAUUGAGACGAGCGAACAACACUCGGGUGGAAGCGUGGCUAUAUAUGUAACGGUAAGUUCACACAUUUUCUCCAACUGCUUCACAGUCCCAUUUCGUACGACUUGAUAAUGGUCGCUCUCCGUCAACUCAUCCUUUCUGCCCUCGCGUCCUUCUCCUCUGCUCAGCAUUCACCCCUUGGUUCUGCUUUCGGCAUUCCUGGAAAUGCCAGCUACGAUUAUGUCGUCAUUGGCGGUGGCACCGCUGGCUUGACGAUAGCCACACGACUUGCGCAAGGCGGGCAUACCGUCUCCGUAAUUGAGGCUGGCGGCUUCUACGAGGUUGAGAAUGGGAACCGCUCCGUUGUGCCUGGGCUGCUUGGUCUGCCGAGUAGCCCCGGAGCAGACGGGAGAUCGAUUCCUUAUACCCGUGGAAAGUGUCUAGGCGGGAGCUCAGCAAGGAACGCUCUGGGUUAUCUGCGACCUACAAUCGGCACCAUGCAACGCUGGGCGGACGUUGUGGGAGACCCGAGCUUCGUUUGGAACAACACUAUCAAAUACUUCAAGAAGAGUACCGGCUUCACUCCCCCCAGGCCAGGAGAGGAGAGACCUGCUAAUUCCACUGCAACGGACUACGAUCUCUCCGCCUUCAGCCCCAAUGGGCCUGUACAAGUAUCCUUUCCGGCAUUCACAUUUGCGCUUGGGUCGUGGAUAUUGGCGGCUGCGGAUGCGCUGGGUUUGCCUAGACUCCCUCAAGGUCUUGAAAGUGGGCGGUUGCUGGGUCAUACUUGGGUGCCAGUCACAAUCGAUGCCGAAAACCGCGAAAGGAGCACAUCCGAGACAGCUUAUCUUGCACUUGGGGAGAAGACGCAACGACUAACAGUCUUCACUCAUACUAUGGCGAAGCAGAUCAUAUUCCAUGGCACGACGGCAACAGGCGUCCGCGCUGAAGCGGCUGGAGUACCCUUUGUCCUGAGUGCAAACAAAGAGGUCAUAUUAUCCGCUGGUGCCUUCCAAAGUCCUCAGCUCCUAAUGGUGUCUGGUGUUGGGCCGGCAGACACUCUGAUCCAAUUCGACAUCCAUGUGAUUGCGAAUCGGUCGGGUGUUGGACAGAACAUGUGGGACAACCCACUCUUUGCCGUCUCUUACGCCUUUGACUUUCAAACCUCAAGCGCUUACCAAAACAACCCUACGCUCUUUGCCGAGGCCGUGGAGCAGUACAAUGCCAACCGGAGCGGCUUCCUCACCAAUCCGGGCGACGACGUCGUGAGCUUCGAGAAGUUGCUAAAUGUCUCUUCCGCCAACUUUAGUGCCAAGGCUCAACGGGAUUUGGCAGAUUUUCCAGCAGACUGGCCGGAUGUCCUUCUUGCCAGCACGCCGGUCUAUGCUGGUCCGGGGCUUGCUCCCGACACCGUCAACAAUUACGGCUCGUUCGUGAUCGGGCUUGAAGCUCCGCUCAGUCGAGGCUACGUUACAAUCAACUCGAGCGAUGCCAGCAUCCCGCCAAUCAUAAACCCACAAUGGCUCACGCAUCCCACGGAUCAAGAAGUGGCGAUCGCCGCCGUGCGACGGAUCAGACAGUACGCCGCAACGCCACAGCUUCAGUCUGUGAUUCUUGGCGGUAAAGAAGUGUUUCCUGGCUUGAAUGUUACGAGCGACGAAGACAUCCUUGCUGCUAUCCGGAGCGGCCUAGGGACGUACUACCAUGCUUCUGUAACCUGUAGAAUGGGGAUGGCAAACGACAGUAUGGCAGUCGUGGACUCCAAGGGUCGCGUUAUUGGAGUGAAUGCAUUGAGGGUCGUGGACGUCAGUGCUAUGCCAUUCUUGCCGCCUGGGUUGCCUCAAGCGGUGGUGUAUAUGCUUGCUGAGAAGCAGGCGGAGGACAUCUUGACAGGCAGUAGUUAA